AAUGGGUUUGAAGAUUGAUAGUAAUUUAAGAGAAGGAGAUAUUGAAUAUUUACCUGGAGCUUUACCAACUUUUGAACAUUAUGUAACAAACGAUGAAAAUGAAAAGGGACGUUGGCGUAAGAACGUCUCAGAUCCUAACAGACCUUAUAAGCCUUCCGGUCAUGUAUUACCAACUGCAAAUAACGCUGAAUUUGACAAAAGACAAUUGAAUAGUUCGACAAACGUUGAUCAACGAAAAACUCCACCAGUUCUUAACAUAACGACGAAUGAUCAAAACCUUACAGAUAUGGCUUUUCCUCAAAACGAUCAAACACAUACAUUAAAUCAACUGCCAAAAUCUAAUCAAGAAGUAAAACUAACUCCUUCCAAUAUUCCUAAGCAACAAGAUAAUUUACCCAACAAAAAUGACCAAAAAGAUGAAGAUUUAUCUGGAAAACAGCAACAGCAGCAAUUCGACACGAAACACAAUAAUUUAAAUCAAAGUGUAUUAGAAGAUAUAUCACAGAAACCAACUCAAGAAAAUGACAUUAAACAAUUAGCAGAUAAAAGUUUACAAUUAGAUAAAGAAAAACAAUUAUCUCAACAAAUUUUACCGCAAAAUCACGUUCAUGUUAAAGAAAGUAAUUUACAAUCGAAUAGUCAAAAACCACUUCAUCAAUCCCAGAAUUCUCAACAAAUUCAACAGCAACAACAAUACCCACAGCAGGGCCAGCAGCAAAUGCAAAAAUCUCAACAAAGUCAUCAACAAAUACAGCAGCAACAAUUGCAAAAUUCCCAAUUUAACCAACAACAACAACAAACGAAUCAACAACCUCAACAGCAAACUAGAAUGCCGCAGAAAAGCCAACAACCAACUGUACAACAACAACAACAAGUUCAAAACCAGCAGCAAAAUCAACAGCAAAUUCAAAAUCCACAAAAACAACAACAACAACAACAGAGACCGCAGCAAUUUAACCCUCAACAACUGCAACAGCAAAAACAGUUACAAAUGCAAAAACAACAAUAUCCUAAUCAACAAAUGGGACAAAAGCCACAACAAAUCCAACAACCUAGUCAAGCACAAAAUAUUCAACAAGAGAUUGGUAAUGGUUUAGCCACGGCUAAAAAAAGUGUAAUAUCAAUAGCUUCGAAAGCGAGUGAAAUGUUUGGAGCUUUCAGAGGUGCCUUUUCAAGGAAGAGUAAUAUGGCCAUACGUUCUGAUAACUCAGAUAAUAUUCCAAAUCGUCCUAGAAGACAACUAAUAAAAAGGCAUUAUAUUGAAAUGUUAUACAAUUCUAGUAAAAGAGAUAAAUUGUAA